UUGCGGAAAGUGAACACGAGCUAAGUAGAUGCAGUUUUUCCCAACAAACUGACAUGGCAACGCAACAAGCAGUUGAGGCCAUACCUCCACGAACUGAGCAAUCUAACCAUUCGGUUUCACAACCUGUUCAGCUUGUGGUGCAGUUGCAGCCACCCCAAUUGGAAAAUCCCUUGAUCUGCCAUAAUCAACCCAUCAGACAUUCUGUUGUGGAAAGUGAGUGCGAGCUAAGCAGAUGCAGUUCUUCCCUACAAACUGACGUGGCAACGCAACAACCAGUUGUGGGCAUACCUCCACGAACCAAGCAAUCUAACCAUUCGGUUUCACAACCUUUUCAGCUUGUUGUGCAGUUGCAGCCACCCCAAUCGGAAGAUCACUCAAUCUGUCAUAAUCAACCUAUCAGACAUUCUGUUGUGGAAAGUGAGCACGAGCUAAGUAGAUGCAGUUCUUCCCAACAAACUGACAUGGCAAUGCAACAAGCCGUUGAGGCCAUACCUCCACAAACUGCACAAUCUAACCAUUCGGUUUCACAACAUGUUCCUCCGCCAUCAAUGUCUAUGCUAAUGGGCAUUCCUCCUGUGGCAUAUCCUGAAAGCACUGGAACAUCACCAUCAUUGACUAUUCAUCUGCCACAAACUUAUCCUGUGGCUUCCCGGCAAACUUCAGUGCUCCGCCCUAACCCCCUUCAAAAUGAGUUAGCGAAAUUGCGCAAAGAACAGGAGCACGUCAUCAAGACCCAUGAAGAUGAGAAAACACGACUAAUAUCAGAACGCGAGAGGGAGAUCGAAGAGGUGUGUAGGAAGUAUGGUGGCUUAAUCCAGAAUUCUGAGACCGCAUGUCUACGGCAACAGAAGGCUCUCGAGACAUGGAUUAGCAAGGUCAAUCUUAACCUGAUGUUGGCGGAGGCACUCAAGUUGAAAUUUGCAGAUGCCACCAAUCCAGGCUGCACACCACCAAGGCAAGGGACACCUACUGUCAGGCAGCAGUUUCCUAUACUGCCCUUGCCGCAAACUGCGCAGAGGCCUCCACGUGCCCUGGGCCCACCUGUACAGGUUGUUCAUCACCCCACCGACCUUUUCUCAGCCAACCCAGCUGCUCCCCGCUUCAGACCACCAAUGCCUCCCACCAUAAACCUCUCCAUUGGAACUGAACUGCGGGCUCCUGCCCCACAUCUCCAGUACUUCAGGUCCACCUCCAUCCUAUCACCCAAUCACUUUCCUCAGCCAAGUGGGAUCCCAAGUCAACCAUCCCCAAGUGUCCUGACCACAACAUCACCCCUGCCUCUGCCCCUUCGGUCCCUCCCUUCCCAUCCUUUGGGGACUUUUAGUGGGACCUGUUUGCCGAAUAGUUCCAUUGCAUUUCCAGCCUUCCACAAUCCCUCUCUAUCUGCGGUUGAGCCACGUGUGGACUUCAACAUCCACUCUGGAAUGAACCUGCCAAACCAACUGCGGAUGGCAGAAGCAGGCUCGGGAGUUGGCUCCUUGGUUCCACCCAUUACUACAACACCAGGCGGCAACGGUAUGGGCAAAGCAAUUCAUUCUGCAACUGAGGUUGUUUGCUUGUUGGAUGAUGACUGAUGGGAUCUGAAUUAGUGUCUUUGUAAAUAUCUUGUAAGUAUAUACUGAAAAUAUAGUUCACACCAUCGUUUGCAUUUCUGGUCGUUGCUUACCCAGGAAUUUUUCAUCGAUGGAUUUCUGUGAAGCUGGGUGCAUUUGUCCUACUGCAAAAAACCAAAAAGUGAAAAAUGAAGUUUUAGGCUAUACGUCUUUUACAGGAAUUCAAUGAAAAUUCUUUGGUUGUACUCCACUUUAAAAGUCGCAAUUGGUUAGCAAUCAAAGGAUAUAAUCAUGUGUUGUUGUUGU